UAAUGAGGAUCUAAGAGAGAGGCUUCAGUUGGAGAAUGCUGCCACAGUUUGCUUCCUCCGUGUGAACUCAUUGCUUCCUGGAUGCUCUCAUUUUCUCCACAGCUGAAGUUGUGCUCAGGAAGUCCCUCCGAUAGGCUGCCUCCAUAAUAGGAUAGACAGACAAGGUUUUAUAAGGUUGGCCGAAGAGAUUGUAUAAGUGUGAGUGUGCGUCUAUUUUUAGUCCCGGCGUUGAAGACAAUUCAUUUGGCCCAGCCUGCGUCUGCUUCUCUCACACUUUCUUUCUCUGUCUGCCACACUUCUGCACUCUAUUUCAUCAACUACAGAUGUGGCACACAGCCGUCUCCGAAAAGUCAUGAACUGUGUCGUCUGCACAGUUUAACAGCCAACAUCUGCUGCAGCAGCCUGAUGGAAACGGCAUGGAAACAAUUUUAAGGAAAGCGCUAAAGUGCUUUAACUCUGUCUCUCUUUUGGCCCCCACAGACAAUUAUUUUAUAUUAAUUGCAACGGGAUCACAGCUAUAAAAGCAGGGUUUGAAUCUGAUUCGCUUUUUAUUAUUAGUUUAAAAGUUGCAGUUAAAACUGUUUGACAUGGGAAUGCUUUUUAUCGUUGAUCAUGCCUUGUUCUGAAAAGUUUAUUACAAUGGGUGAAAACAACAACCGAAAAAACUCAUAAAAGGCCGGGGCCAUAAUACACUUAAAGGCUAAAAAGUACCAAUAGUGUUGAUUUAACCAAAGAAAAUGUUCCUGGAGGUAUUGUAAAUUUUAUGUGCCAGAUGAAAAGCAUUAAGUGUGUUAUUUUUCAUGAAGGAAAACAUUCAGAUUUUAACCAUUUUGUAAAUUAUAUUAAUGCUGCAUUACUGUGCCAAAAGCUUUGGGUCUGUUCCCACAGCCUCUUGCUCCUGUGAGUAGGCCCCUUUAGGUUUGCUCUCGUCGGGGCUAAGGGGAGAAGGAGGCUCCCAAGACCGGCCAUUUGGCUGCAUAAUUCUGCGUGAGCACGGCCGAUCAUCUUACCUCUCUGUAUUGUGAGCUGGUGUGAAUAUACUGUACUCUGACAACUCUGCAUUCAGGAGUCCAGCGUUUUCACCACAGUUCCCCGUAGCUUUCUUUAAAAGCAAGAUUUCAUUCAAACCUCCAAAUGCAGAUAAAGAAAAUAUUAUGAAAUAUUCUGAGAAAAAUGGAUGGACAAGCAAUCAUUAUUGAAGAAUGCAGCUGCAAGAUUAUUCUCCUGAGAACUUUUUUCCGAGUGAUUCCAGCUUCUGAACAUAUUUGCCAUGAUAAGGGUUUUGAUCCCUUGCCGAAUUUGCCCUGAGCCAUGAGUGGAUAUGUGUAAUGCCCACAAGUAAAACUGGGUAAGAAGAGUGACCUUUUUGGGUGGCUGUAACUGAAGAUUGCUUUACAGAAGCAACUAAGGAAGGUUUUUGAGUCAUGAUGCAAGAAUCUGGGACUGAGACAAAAAGUAACGGUUCAACCAUUCAGAAUGGAGCAAGCAGUGGCAACCAUUUAAUAGAGUGCAGCUUACGGGAAGUGAGAUCAAACGGCGAGACACCUUCAGUUGAGAUUGGGGCGGCCGAUUUAGCACAUCUUCAGCAACAGCAGCAGGCUCUUCAGGUGGCACGACAGCUUUUACUACAGCAGCAACAGCAGCAGCAGCAGCAGCAGCAAGUUAGUGGAUUAAAGUCUCCCAAGAGGAAUGACAAACAACCAGCCCUUCAGGUUCCAGUGUCAGUGGCUAUGAUGACACCUCAAGUGAUCACUCCCCAACAAAUGCAGCAGAUCCUCCAGCAACAAGUGCUUACUCCCCAGCAACUCCAGGUCCUGCUCCAGCAGCAGCAGGCACUCAUGCUUCAACAGCAGCAGCUUCAAGAGUUUUAUAAGAAACAACAGGAACAGUUGCAGCUUCAACUUUUACAACAACAACAUGCUGGAAAACAGCCGAAAGAGCCCCAGCAGCAGCAGGUGGCUACACAGCAGCUGGCCUUUCAGCAGCAGCUCUUACAGAUGCAGCAACUGCAACAGCAGCACCUCCUGUCUUUGCAGCGCCAAGGUUUGCUGACAAUUCAGCCCGGCCAGCCUACCCUGCCUUUGCAGCCUCUCGCACAAGGCAUGAUUCCAACAGAACUGCAGCAGCUCUGGAAAGAAGUGACAAGCUCUCAUACGGCGGAGGAAACAGCAAGCAACAACCACAGCAGUCUGGACCUCUCCACCACGUGCGUCUCCUCAUCGGCACCCUCUAAGACCUCCUUAAUAAUAAACCCACAUGCCUCAACUAAUGGACAGCUAUCAGUCCACACUCCUAAGAGGGAGAGUUUGUCCCACGAGGAGCACUCACAUAGCCACCCGCUCUACGGACACGGUGUAUGCAAAUGGCCGGGCUGUGAAGCAGUAUGUGAAGACUUCCAGUCAUUUCUAAAACAUCUCAACAGCGAGCAUGCGCUGGAUGAUAGAAGUACAGCCCAAUGUAGAGUACAAAUGCAGGUUGUACAGCAGUUAGAGCUACAGCUUGCAAAAGACAAAGAGCGCCUGCAAGCGAUGAUGACACACCUACAUGUGAAGUCAACUGAACCAAAAGCCACCCCUCAGCCCCUGAAUCUGGUGUCAAGCGUCACGCUUUCAAAGACUGCAUCUGAGGCGUCUCCGCAGAGCUUACCUCAUACUCCGACCACCCCAACUACCCCCAUCACUCCUGUCACCCAGGGACCUUCUGUCAUCACUCCCACCAGCAUGCACAACGUUGGACCUAUCAGGAGGCGGUACUCUGAUAAAUACAAUGUGCCCAUUUCUUCAGCAGAUAUUGCCCAGAACCAAGAGUUUUAUAAGAACGCAGAAGUGAGACCACCAUUCACAUAUGCAUCUUUAAUUCGGCAGGCCAUCCUCGAAUCUCCGGAAAAGCAACUAACACUAAACGAGAUCUACAACUGGUUCACGCGAAUGUUUGCUUACUUCAGACGCAACGCGGCGACAUGGAAGAAUGCAGUGCGUCAUAAUCUUAGUCUUCACAAGUGUUUUGUGCGAGUAGAAAAUGUUAAAGGGGCAGUAUGGACAGUGGAUGAAGCAGAGUUCCAAAAACGAAGGCCACAAAAGAUCAGUGGUAACCCUUCUCUUAUUAAAAACAUACAGACCAGCCACACCUACUGCUCACCUCUCAAUGCUGCUUUACAGGCUUCAAUGGCUGAGAAUAGUAUACCUCUAUACACUACUGCUUCCAUGGGAAAUCCUGCUCUGGGCAAUUUAGCCAUUGCUAUGAAGGAAGAGCUUAAUGGUGCAAUGGAGCAUACGAACAGUAAUGGGAGUGACAGUAGUCCAGGACGUUCCCCUAUGCAAGCUAUGCACCCUGUGCAUGUCAAAGAAGAACCAUUAGAUCCAGACGAAAAUGAAGGUCCGCUAUCCUUAGUGACAACAGCCAAUCACAGUCCAGAUUUUGAUCACGACAGAGAUUAUGAAGAUGAACCUGUAAAUGAGGACAUAGAAUGAGUAUGUCUGACAUCCUUGUCCUGAGAAUGAAGAUUGGAAGAACACGUCAAAUUUAGCUGUGAAAUCUCUCCAUUAUUGUACAGUCUGGAGGAUUCUCAGUCCAUUUUGACAACUAUGAAAUAUGUUAACUCUUAGUGCCAUCAAGUAUCCCAUUUGGGAGGAUUUUUGAUUUUUCUACUUUUUGUUGAAAAAAGGAAUUUGUACUCUGUGCAUUGGAUGGACUUGUUUGGUACUUGGGAUUUUCCUCUCUUACAGUCAACAUCAGUGUUGUCAAUUUGCUAAACUGAUUCACUUCCUCACAUUUAGCAGCAGACUUUGGACUGCAGUCCUGCCAAUUUUGGACACUGAGGACGUCAAACUGAGCAUGUACAUCUAAACUGCAGAUCAAGCCUUUGCCCAAAUUUUAAGGAUUCCAAUGGACAACAUAUUUGCACAGUACUGCAUGUUGAUUAUCACUGCCUUUUACUCCAUUUCUUUCUUUCUUUCCUUGUUGGUUUUUUUUUUGUUUUGUUUUGUUUUGUUUUUUUGUUUUUGCUUCCAUUUGGGAUGGGGAAGGCCUCCGCGUGCGUGUGUGUGUGUGUGUGUGUGUGUGCGCGCGUGCGCGUGUAUUGGGGAGGGGUUCAACAAAAAAUUAUCCCAAACGUUUUAAUGUAUUGCUUUUAUUCCUCCCCCCCACCCUCCCUCACCCCUCCAAACUUCUCCCCUACCUUUUUAAGUUCUGACCUCAGGGCUCAGGUGGGCCCAGAGCCUCUUGGAGGCUUCAUGUUUUCUGUACUUUGUGAUGAAUGUUAAUAGGUGUUUUUAUUAUACGAAGCUGAAUGUCAUUGAAUUGUUUGUAGUUUUUUCUGUCAUUCAUUCCAGUUACCUUCAGAUGCCACCAUGUUUUCUUUCGCUAUGGAAAACAUUCCAUUUUGGUGUCUCUUUUUCUGAAAAGGUCCCAAAUGCUGCACUAUGUCCGUGGAAAGGUUGUCCAACAGAGAGGAAGGGAAUGAAGUACUGCAAGAAUGAGAAUGAAUGACAGAUGAACAUAGAAACACUGUAGGAAGCAACACAGAUUCAUUCCACAAAGCAGUAUUUUUUUUAAUUUUUUGUUUCAGUUUUAGUUUUUUGAUAUAUAUAUAUUUUUUUUUUUUGGCAGCAACGUUGAAUAUUAGCAAAUGCCACAAAAUUGAACAGCACAAAGAAACAUAUGCAGCACCAACAGAACUCACUUCAUUAGAGAACGAAUACUACAGUGGCAAGCUCUCAGUUGUUUAACAUGAGUUUUAAUGGGCCAACAAAUCUUUCUGGAAUAUCUAAGAUUACCAAAAUGGGGGUACCUAUACAUUUACAAUGCUAAUUUUUUUUUUGGUUUUUGUUUUUUAAAUUUUUUUGCGUUUCCAAAUAGUGGUUGGAAAGAUGACUUCAUUAAACUGUUGUUGUACGCGGUGAUGUUUCGCAGUUCAACAUCAGUUCAGGAUUGCUCGAUGGCAUUAAUCUGUUUGAAUACAAAUUAGAUUUCAGAUUGAACUUGUUACGGGAGUUAAUAAGGACUGAGCCCACUAAUGCUAAAGUGUUAAUUUCAACUGUGCAAAUCCUGUACUGCAGUUAAGAUUGUUAUGCAAUAUUACACCAGCCAGUAUCGAAACCUCAUAGUAGAAACCAGUGAAUAUAGGACAAGAGCUAGGACUGGGGCUUGUUUGGCAAAACUAGCAGUGCUCGACGAAGCAAACAUUACAGACAAAAAAGCUGUUGUUAUAGGUCAGUAAACCUUGGUCACCAAACACCUAAACGUUUUCAUUCUGCAGCCACUUUUCUGUCACUCAUUUAUUUAUGUAGGACUGUAGCUUUUUUUAUGAUUUCAACAAAAAAAAAAAAAGCCUUUCAGAGCUUAAUUUAUAUUCUUCUUUGUACCUUUUUUUUUUUCUAAAAUUACCAAAGAUAUUACACAAAGGUAAAUUAUGUUCUCUGUUAUAUGCUUUAUCUUAUGAAGCCAAAUAUCCUCUUAUUGUUGAUCAAAGGAGGUUGAAGAAUUUAGAGGGAAAUGACAAGAUAUGGGCUAUUGCUAAUCCGAGAGAGAAACUGCUCCUUUAUUCUAGUAAAUUUAGAAGGCCAAGUAGAUGACUGAACCAAAGUUGUUACUUUUUAUUCGUGUUCCUUUAAAGCGACCAAACUGAAAUUCUGUAACGAGAAAUCGAGGAGAGCUUUUGAGACUCAGCCUAGGAAACAGUGUUACAGGAGGAGCUGUGAGAAGGGAGCGGGAGAGAAAAAACGCGCACACAUACGGUUCUUUUGCAGAAAAUUAGAGUAUCAAAUAAAGGAGACAGUUUUAAUAAAAUCCAGAAGAGAACAGAAAAGCUCCCACAAUUUAACUGGACCACAUAAUAGUAUUUCUAGAGUAAAACAAAUUUUUGUUUUGGUCUUUGGUUUUACAGAUUGUAUGCCACUUUUGUUUAAGGAUUGUGCUAGGAUGGCAGCUUUAAUUUUGGUUUAUCUUGGCACAUUUGCUCGGUUUUGUUUAGUUGUUUCGGUCAGCAUGUUUCAUAAGGAAAUAACACUCCUGUCCACUCUCAAGCUUUGGUACAAAAAAGAUAAUAAUUAUUGGCAGUUACUUUUCUAAAGCUCAACUCUGCUUUCUGUUUAAAAAAAAAAAAAAAAAAAAGAAAAAAAAAGAAAAAAAAAAAAAAAGGGGGUCUGUGGACCUGUUAAAAAUUUUUUUUUUUUUUUUUUAAUUAUAUCCAGGCAGCUUCAUGACGUGCCGGCGGUAGCCAGAUGGGGAUCACGAGAAGUGAUCCCUGUGCUUCUAAACUGAGUGGUUUGCUGGUUAGUUCGGUAUUCAAAAAGGGGAUAAAAAUCUGGUAGAUUAGUUCAUUCUCAGCAUGUGUAGCUAGACAUGAGUAAAGAUAACAGCAUGAGAAACUGUUAGUACGCAUACCUCAGUUCAAACUGUUAGGGAAUGAGUAAAUAAAAAAUACAUUUCACUCAGUUGCACUUAGUUGUAUGUCUUGCAUGCUUAGUCUAAAGACUGUAGCAAAAAAAAGAAAAAAAAAAGAAAAAGAAAUAAAAAAUUAGAUUUUAACAUAUCUGGCAGGUGUCACAGCCUUGCAGAAGAACCAACUGAAAAUCUCAGGCUUUACAUCAAGCAAACUUCACUAUGAUUUUUACAAUUCUGAUUCUGUAUCCCUUUGGAUAUACAGUUGCUUCUUUAGGGUGGGGUUUAUUAUGUUGUACAUAUAUAUCCCAAUGUGUCUGUGUGAGCCUUUGUCUUUUGGGGGCGGGGGGGAGGGAAGAAAAGGUGGAAAGGUCCUUUUUUAGAUAUCAUUCCUCAAAAGGAAUAAAUGCAUACCUGUUUGUCAAAACACCUUUUGCUUUUUGUGCAACUGCUUUAUAUUAACUAUACUAAAAAAAAAAAA